UGUCGGCUACUUCUUCAGUUCAUUAAGUUCUGUAGUGCACUCCAGAAGGUAUCUGAUUAUAUUGAAGGCAAUAAUCAUUCACUGAAUAAAUAUUCUUCAGGGUUAGGGUCCUGUCGCUCAAAGAUGUCAUCAUUCUUUUGGGGAACGUUUCUGUGCUUCAUAUUUCUUCAUAUUUUAGGGAGAAAUGGAGUUAUUUCUCAGACUAUCAUACGAUCGAAUGCCGGAGAGACAGCUUACCUUCGUUGUCCCUUCCAGACAACUCCACAGGAGCUGGCCAGGGUCACGUGGACUAAAGAUGGACGCGAUAAAAUUGUGAACGUCACAGGCUGCACCGGUAACGCGGUAACCUCCUGCUCAAUCUCGCGGUCUAUUCCCGAGAAGUAUGCGGUAGAUUCAGCUGGCCGCAUUUCGAGUGGUUUUACACUGAUAAUAAGUGGCGUAACUCUUGCAGAUGAUGGAAUUUAUGACUGUAAAGUGGUUAGGAGAGGUGGACUCGAUGACAUCACUUUCAGACUCGCCGUGACAUAUGUACCUACGGAGAUCGCCGUCAUUGACGUCGAAAAGGAUGUCGAGGUUUCGAACAGGAGCACGUUGUACGCAGUCGUCAAGCGUCCUUACACGCUGAACUGCACCAUUCCAUCUCCAUGCAACCCACCCGCCAAUAUCACCUGGUCCGCCCCUGAUCUCAAUGCUCACAUUUCAAAUCAAGCUAAUCACAUCAGCGCUUCUGAUUCUCCAUUAGUGACGUCAUCAAGGACGAUGACGCUUACCGCAUUCUCGGUAGAGUCUAUGAAGAUGGUGCGGUGCACCGCAAUGCAUUAUGGUCUGUCGGCUCCGCUCAGCAUAAGCUUAACUUUUGAUGUUGGCAAUUUACCAGAAAGUCCCUCUAAUUCCGCCAACUGGAUUUCCUCUGUGACUGUGAGCUCGUUCAUUGUCACGUGGGUGCAGGGUGCUUCCGGGGGGAAACCCCAAACCUUCACAGCGACCUACUGUGAGGUCUUCAGACCGGACGAGUGCUCGGAGAUUUCCGGAAUCAUUUCGACUCGUGUCAGGAUCGGCAACCUUCGGCCUUUUACGCUCUACGACAUCACCGUGAAGAGUCACACUGUGUUUGGAUUCAGCGAACUCAACGAGUCCGUACAAAAGUCAACACGACCUCUGUCACCUUCGGAACUGGGAGUCGAAGGCGUUUACAGCAGCCAGCGCGGCGGGAGCGUGGAUGUCCAAGCAAACAGCAACAGCACCACUCUCCCCAACGGACUCUGCUUUCAUCUCAUCGACCAGCAGCUACUCAAUCAGGCCGACGCAGCGGCCCAGGACUGUGUCAGCGUCGGUGAAUACCUGAUUGUUCCAAGCGGACGGUCAUGGAAAAAUAUGGCGCUUGUAAGCUAUGGAAACGGUGUGUCCAGCGAAUCUUCGAAGAUUACAGGAUCGGAAACGGUCAUCGGUCUCCCUAUCAUCAUUGGAGCCUCUGUUGGAGGCGCAGUCCUUCUCAUAAUGAUCAUAAUGAUCAUAAUGGCUAUAUACUGCAUGAGAAAGGGUCGUUCUUCGAUGGAAGUGAGAGCGAACCGUCAGCUACCCCCUCAGCCGCAACAAACUCGCCAUCCACCAGGACGUGACCAAAUGGACAGCGUACCUGGCUACGAACCACCGUCUUACUACGGGAUUAAGUACCAGGAGGUGGGUGACCAACCAGACAGGGUUAGCCCCGUGGGUGACCUCUACGCUACCCAUCACUCCUACCAAGACGCUCAACAUCCACCGGAAGGACCAUCGGAGAUACCACUGGAGGCUCGGGGCAAUGGCCUGUAUUACAGCCGUAACAUCGCCAUGGGUAACAAGAAAGAGGUCGACGAAAGAUACGGCUACAUGGAACCAUCUAGGACUGGUGCAACCAACUGAGGAUACCCCCCCCCCAAAAAAAAAAAAGAAGACCUCAGAAGUUUUCUUGAGAUCUUUGGGUUUAUCCACCCUUUUAUUGUCACAUUUUGAAUUAAAGAAGCGGGAAUCAUUACUAUGUAUUGUAUAAACUUUAUUUUGAAUAUAAAUGAAAAGACAUUUUGGUAUGCUUUGGAGACUCCUCAAAAUGUAGAGCCAAUGGCUGGUUUCAUUCGUAAUGUUACACGCGUAAAUGCUGUUCUCACUCUAAUUGAAAUUUCAAACCGCAGCUUCAUGUUCAAAUAGUCGGAACUGAGACAUACCAUCACUGGCGUACAUGAGGGGGGGGGGGGGCUUGGGGGUCAUGGACCCCUCACCCAAUUAUUUAUCACAAAAAAAACACAAAAAAAAAACGUAGAAAAAGAAGGAAGAGGAAAGGAAAAGUGUGAAACAUGACAACAUUUGCUUAGUUAUAACAUUAUAUAUCACCAAAUUGGCUCUUUGUACAAAAAAGGUCAUGAUUUGCCCACGUAAAAUGGAAAAAUGACCAUCUGAUUGUGAUUUUCUAUAUAGCCAGCCCCCUUGACUUUCGGCUUAGCUCCUCCCCCUUUCAAAAUCGUACCUAGUCCCUUGUUUGUUACACAAUGAAACAGUUUAACAAAAGCUGCUUUUUCUUAAUUCCUCCAGAUACCACUAUCUAUGUAUACUUAAAUGUUAUUACAAUGUGUAUAUAUUAUAUUGUGUGAAUAUUAUAUUGUGUAUUGUGCAUAACAUUGUUGUCGAUAAAAGAAAAUAAUGGUUUAUUCCUUGUACACUUUAUUUAUCAUGUUAAUGUUUAGCAUUUGUUUUUGCAAUGAAUUCCUGCUAUGUUCAAUGUUAGAAAAAAAGAUUUUACAGAAGAUAAAAAAAAACAUUUUACAGAAAAUAAAUGAAUCGAUCUGUAAAUUAUUAUCAAGGACAUUCUGUGCAAUGUAACACAUUUCAACGGAACAGGUCUGAUAAAAAAAAAAAGGGGGGGGGGGGGCUUCAUGACAACAUACCAAUUUUAUGUAAUUUUACACAAUGCAUGUUGUAUAAGAUUUCACAGUGCAGUUAGAUGACAGAUAUUUUCCAGACCCUGCUAAAGGAUUUUUUUUUUAAUAAAGUAGAAAUUUUCUAACAAUGUAAUUAUUUUGUAUUUUUUCCUUAAAAUGAAUAACUACGAUUUUAUAAAUACACGACGGGCAUAGUAAAGUGAUUCCAUCCGUGGGACAUGCUUAUCCAUUAAAGACCUAUAAAAGGCACACUAUACUCGCAUGAGGUAUGUGUAUUGGAGGGGACUAUAUGUACUACCUUGGUAAUACUGAGAAGCCAGGCUGUCGAUCUAGAUAAUACUUGAAUUGAAAUUGGAAGGGUGUUCAUCGAUUCCAUACAUUCAGGGUCCUCUGGUAAUGUUUAUGUUUUUAUGAACAAUAUCAAAACACUAAACUGAAUGCGAACGUAGAUGGCGUACAUAUUCUUUAAUGAACGCAAAAAACAAGAACAGCAGCAACAUGCGGUCUAUUAUACUCGCGCGUUAGAUUGAUCAUUAGUUUUGUUACAAAGCUUUACCGUUAUACCAUUAUGGGCACCUUACAAAAAUCACCAAUUAUGCCAGUUUUCUUGGUCUAAUCUUGGAAAACAAAAUAUGAAUGCGUGUGAGUGUUGUGACGCCCUGUACUCUGCUACAUUUAAUGUAAACAGUUUCCAUCCUAAACAAUAGUGGUCAAAAUGCUGCGUUCCUGACAGAAUCCAUGGCGUUUAGUUUAACUUAAAGGGCAAGUCUACCUUAACAAAAUGUUACCAACAAUAUGGCCUACAUGUAUAUCACGGCAAUGUCUGUUACCAAGGGCGGAAAUCUCUCCCCAAAGGCAGGGGGGGGGGACGACCAGGGGCUGGAAGAUUUGACAAGCCCCCCCCCAAAAAAAAAAGGUUAUCACUCUAAAUGUAAGGUUAUUUCGACCAAAAUAAAUUUGACAAGCAAAAAAAAAAAGUAAUCACCCAAAAAGUAAGGUCAUCUUGUCCAAAAUACAUGUUUUAAUUCGAUGUUGAAUGAUGUAUUUCUUUCCAUCAUAGAAGAC